GCUGGAUUUGGUAUGAUCCACUUGCCCUAGACCUCAGGUCUGGGUCUGAGCAGAGAGAUACGGCCACUGGCGCCGCUGCAGAGGACGUGCACGACUGAAUCUACAGCCUAAAGCCUCACAGAGAAAGAGAAAGAGAGAGAGAGGGGGGAGAUGAGCUGUACUAGAGUCCAGUCUUGCUCUGGGACGGCAGACUGACUGAAGCUGCUGGUAGUUUUACAGCUGUGCAUCUCUGUCACUCUAGAGUCAUGAGCUCAAAGGGGACGAACCUCCACAACAAACGUCUGCCAUCUGAGACAGAGCAUGCGCAGAGAGUCCCGGAUGCAGAUUCGACCCAGCAAAUGAGGCUGAGAGAGAGACAACGAUUCUUCGAGGAGGUGUUUCAACACGAUGUCGAUGUCUACCUUUCCUCUGCACACCUGCAGAUAGAUUAUAAGAGACCUCCCUUAGGAAGUAUUUCAUCAAUGGAGGUGAAUGUCGAUAUGCUAGAGCAGAUGGACCUGAUGGACAUCUCUGACCAGGAGGCCUUGGAUGUCUUCUUCAGUGCCAGCGGAGAGGAAGGUUCACUGGCAUCCCCUCUUCCAGCUCUUGGCCACACUGAUGUAAAAGAGGAUGGACUGAGGAGAAAUGACGUGUCCUUGAGGAUUUCUGACCCUUGCGAGAUCAAAUCCCGUAUGUUGUCCACUUCCUCCAGCUCCACCUGUGACAGUCAGGCCUCCAAUGAGGACGGAUCCAACACUCCUGUCGUCCAAUCAGAUGAUGAAGACGUGCAUGACGAAAGCCUGUUACGAACAGGAGCGGACACAGCCAACGAUGCCACAAAAGAGCAGUCUGCUCUCUCAGUAUAAACUGCCUUCUCAUUAACUACUGACCAUUUGGCAAGUGUAACAUGACUAGUUUAAGACUGUUUCAUGGGUGGGUUGACUGGUUUUAGCCAUAAAUCAAUCUACAAGAGACCUUUAUGAACACUUGUGAAAUUUGACUGAUUCAAGACCCCUAUUACGUCACACUGGGAGUGUCACGCUUUGACAGACCUGCAUUUUUUAAUCGCCACUUGCGUCUUACCAACAUUUUACUGUAUCUUUUUGAUUGGGAAUAUAGGUUUAUAAAUACACACAUCACUAAUACUUUGCAAUGUUCUUUACAAAGACUGAAACUGCUCCGAAGAGAGACUAAAUGCAUCACCAUUUUGAAUUAAAGUGGUAAGUCAUGGAAACAUUUCCAAAAGAAAACAAAAUAUACAAUGAUUUUUUGCUUAAAGAAAAUUAAGCUUUUACUGUACAUCAUUAAAAGGAAAGUUUACUCUAAAAAUGAAAACUGUUAUCAUUUACUCACCCCUAUGUGGUUUCAAACAAGACUUUCAUUCAUCUCACAAACUCAAAUCUAGAUAUUUGUGAGGAAACCUAAGAUAUAAAAAGCCCAUGCAACACUUUGAAGGUCCAAAAGGUCAUAAAGGCAUCAUAAAACUACUGUAUGAAUUUAUCAGCUUAAUUCAGGUCACAAUUGCUUUAUAUGGUAAAAAGAUUUAAUCAGAUGACGUUUUAUGAUCAAUGUGCAUAGAGCACAUCAAAUAUGGUAAACAAGGAAGUUGAGAUCAAACAAAUCACAUUGGUUCUUGCUGGUCACAUGCACAUUUGCAUAUCUGAGUUUGUCAUGUUUAAUGUGAUUAAUGUAUUUUUGUCAGCCAUUAUUUACAUGCACGUUUUCAUAUAAAGUGCAUGCACUUUGUGUUGUGAGAGAUCAAAUUAAAGUCUUAUGGGUUUCAAAAGACAUGAGAGAGAGUAGAUGGAAAAAAUAAAUGUCAUUUUUAGAUUUUAGAGUUUUACUAUUUAAGUUUUUUUCUUUGCAUCUUUACAUUAUUUUACAUUUUCUUUUUUAACUUAAUGGCAAUAUUUAUUAGAUUAUUAGAUUUUUUAAACAGCAUAGAGGGCAAUACAACAAAUGCUAGCUUGAUGUAAAUAAAAUAUUUAACUAAUUUGUGAAUUUUUAUUACAGUAUUGAGAAUUUGAGAGAAAUAUGUUCUUAACUGUUAUGAAAAUUGUCACAAUAAAAAAAAAAAAAAAAAAAAAACAUGUUAGGGGUGUGAUGUUGGGGAAUUAAACCUGGGAGCACAUAAGUUCUUUGACACGUCUUGACUUGUGAGCAUUUGUACAUCCCACCGUUUCACAGCACCAACAGACUUCAUUUGCUUUAAGCUAAAACAAAUCAUUUAUUUUGAUUUGGGGUGAAAUAUUAUCCACUCUUGGCAGGUUUUGUGAUGUUGACCAUAAAACUUGUUGUGUCAGGUUUGUUUUUUAAGAGCAUCAGAUCUAUUUUCUUUUUCUUUCUUUCUUUCUUUCUUUCUUUCUUUCUUUCUUUCUUUCUUUCUUUCUUUCUUUCUUUCUUUCUUUCUUUCUUUCUUUCUUUCUUUCCACCAUGUGUUGGGAAUGUGUUCUCACUUCUGAUGUCCACACAACCUUAUGCUUUGCUUUCCAAAUAAAGCCAAAUGCCACCAAAGUG